CACCGGGGCACAUUCGUCCCGCAGCUGGGAAAGGAGGCGUACCUACGCAACCGUUACGCAAGCUUUGCCAGACCGAGAAUUCCUGCAGACAAGAUGUCGCUCGCCACCAACAAAGCCGUGCUGGAUAGGUACCUGCGACUGCCGAUCCAGGAUAACACCACCCAGUGCAUGUACGUAUGGGUGGACGGCACUGGUGAGCACCUGCGAGCCAAGACCAAGACCGUCGGGUUUAUUCCCAAGAGUCCUUCAGAACUGCCGAUCUGGAACUUCGACGGCUCGUCGACGGGCCAGGCUGAGGGCAGCAACUCUGACGUGUACCUGUACCCGGUGGCGCUGUACCAGGACCCGUUCCGGCUCGGCGCCAACAAGCUGGUGCUCUGCGAGACGUACAAACACAACCGGAAGCCGGCAGACACCAACUUCCGCCACACGUGCAAGGAGGUGAUGGAUCAGGCGACCAGCCAGCACCCGUGGUUCGGCAUGGAGCAGGAGUACACGCUGCUCGACAGUGACCAGCACCCGUUCGGCUGGCCCAAGAACGGCUUCCCGGGACCGCAGGGGCCUUACUACUGCGGCGUCGGCGCCUCCAAGGUGUACGGCCGGGACGUGGUGGAGAGCCACUACCGCGCCUGCCUCUACUCGGGCGUCAUGAUCGCCGGCACCAACGCCGAGGUCAUGCCCUCCCAGUGGGAGUUCCAGGUGGGCCCGGCCGAGGGCAUCCGGAUGGGCGACGAUCUGUGGAUGGGACGUUUCCUGCUGCACCGCGUGGCUGAGGACUUCGGCAUCAGCGUCUCGCUCGAUCCCAAGCCCAUUCCAGGAGACUGGAACGGCGCCGGCUGCCACACCAACUUCAGCACGCUCGCCAUGCGCGAGAAGGGCGGCAUCACCCACAUUGAGAAGGCGAUCGACCUGCUGAGCAAGAACCACAAGAUGCACAUCAAGAUGUACGAUCCCAAUGAGGGGCGUGACAACGAGCGGCGGCUGACCGGGCGGCACGAGACGUCCAGCAUCCACGACUUCUCCGCCGGCGUGGCGAACCGCGGCGCCAGCAUCCGUAUCCCGCGCCAGGUAGCUGAGGAGGGCGAGGGCUAUCUGGAGGACCGGCGACCCAGCUCCAACUGCGACCCGUACCGGGUCACAGAGGCCAUCGUGCGCACCAUCUGCCUGUAGCGGUGCGCCGCCGCGCCCCGUCCCGCUCAGUUCCGUUCCGUUCAUGUGCGCGCGCCGCGGUCAUUCGGCUGGCGCGCGAGCCUGACCGCCUCGUCUCGGUGCGAAAGCCUCGGCUUAAUUUUAAAAGCAUUCCAGCAGGACUGUUGUUCAUGGAUAUCAUUUUAAAUGCCUCAAUCUGUGGCGUGAAAUAAUGAGGGCUUAUUGUGUGGGUCCAAACGAGAAGCGUAUCAACUAUGUGCGAGAGUGUUUGUACAAUUUGUAUCGUCUCGUGCCGACGUGCGGAGGAGUACGGUAUUUCGGUGACUUGUUUUCUUCCUCCUCUUUUUUAAAUGGUGCCGUUUUAUCCGGCCGCCGUUUUAUCGGGCGUGUCUGAUCAGCUGUUUUGGCUGUCGGGUGCACAUUCUCGAUGUUUAAUGGACCCUGUAUCAGGAUCGCUUCCCCCGGCGAUGCAGAUUGUAGUUUUAUGGGCGAAAACAGCUCGCAAAACAUGCAAUUGGUUUCAAUGUUAAUACACAUCAAGGCAUAAAGCCUUGUUUUUAGAACUGGCUCAAUUGAAAUGAAAUGUCUUGGCGCGAACGUGCACCAGCGUACUGUAAUACAGUCAUGCCAGCCAGC